AAAUGGUCUGCCAUGCGCCGCCACCGCGCCACGGGCCACGCUCUCGCCUUCGCCCAUUCCCGUCCGCUUCCCGAGGCCGCAGGAUGCGGCAUCGACGGCGCACGGCUCACAAGGAUACCGGGCGCCGCCGGCCUCAGGUCACACCACACGAGCUCCGGUCACCUCCGAUCCCGAUACCGACCCAACCAACUCCCGACCCGUUUCCCAGUGAGCGCACCUGGCGCCGGCGCCUUUAAAAAAAAGGCGUCGCACGUGACGCCGACGCCCGUCCCGGAUCCGACGGCCCCGCGCGCGCGUUCUCACCCGACCCUGCUCUUCGCCUCGGCUGCUCUACCAGUCUACCUCUACCCCGCGCCCCCUCCGAGAUCGGAAUCGCGGCGCCCCGCCGCCCUCCUCCGCCAUGGCGCCGUCUCUGCUCGGGGGCUUCACCAAGUCGCUGGCCAUGACGGUGCUCUCCGAGGUCGGGGACAAGACCUUCUUCGCCGCCGCGAUAUUGGCUAUGCGCCAUCCCAGGAAACUGGUCCUGGCAGGCUGUUUGACUGCACUAAUAGUGAUGACAGCUCUAUCAGCUUCUCUAGGUUGGGUUGCACCAAAUCUGAUUUCACGUAAAUGGACUCAUCAUGUGACCACUCUAUUGUUCUUUGUAUUUGGUAUUUGGUCAUUGUGGGAAGGCUUCAAGGAAGAUGGAGAUUCAGAAGAAUUGGCUGAAGUUGAAGCAGAGCUGGAUGCUGUCUUUAAGAGUAAUAAAGGCGAAUCUAAAACUAAAACUAAGGCAUUUUCUAUUACAUUCUUUGGUGAGUGGGGUGACAAGAGCCAGAUUGCUACUAUUGGCUUGGCUGCUGAUGAAAACCCAUUUGGUGUUGUCCUGGGCGGAAUCAUAGCGCAAGCACUCUGCACUACUGCUGCUGUUCUUGGUGGAAAGAGCCUAGCUUCCCAGAUAUCCGAGAAGAUGGUCGAACUGUCAAGCGGAGUUCUCUUCCUGCUGUUUGGUAUCAUGUCAUUGCUCUCUGGACCAGGAGAAUUGUAAUCCCUGCUUGAACCCUUUUCAGCUGGCUGAUUGACAUAUCUCUCUCCUUAGACCUAUCUUAUUUCAGUAGAUGAAUGAUGGCGACAAAAGCCAUCCAUCCAUAUGGCGAACCGGAUGGUGAUUCGAUAGUUUAGCCGACACAUCGGAAACAUUUCACUCGUCCUUCAUAAAUAACUACAUGUUACAGAAGUCUAGCGAUUUCAUUCUGUUGUGCUCAGCAUGUGAAAGUCAGUCUACUCCCUCCGUUUUUUUAUAUUUGUCGCGUUUUAGUUAAAAAUAAACUAGAAGACGACAAAUAUUCGAGAACGGAGGUAGUAGAAGCUGUCUACAGUAUCAUGAAUAUGAUGUAAGAUUCUUGUUACUAAAUUUUUGUUGUCGCAAUUACAUGCGUUAACAAAGCUUAGUUUGUGAAUCAACUACGCAGGCAAAUAAUACGGGGCUUUGUCUUUU